AUGCAGGGCGCAGCGGCGAGCGCGGCGAGGAAGAGCAAGAGGAAGAAGGUGAAGCAUCGCGAGGGGCCUGCCGUGACGAGGCCUGCGCGGUAUUUCACAGCUGAAGACGAGUUUAGCGGGCAGAAGGAUGUCGUUAUGGUCGAUGUGGACGACGACGAGGACGAUGAGGAGGAGAGCGGCGCCGGCGAUGAAGAGGGCCCACAGAGAAAACGGGCGUGGUCGCCGAGCGUUCCCCUCGCAGAUUCGUCAGACGACGACGACGACGAGCACGGUGAGGACGAUGCCCUGCUCGUCCCCGCCGCCAACCAAAAACAAGAACGAGCCGUGCUCUCCACGUUCUCUCCCCUGGCGGGCAUGAAUGCAUUCGCCAUCACGCCCGACGAGGUCCUCGCUCUGCGGCUGUCACACACGAGCGAGGGGCAUGCGAUGGCGCUGGUCGUAGAGCAGGGAGAGACGCUCGCCCUCGUCGGUGCAUACAUGCUCUCAGUCAUCCACGGCUCUGCCUCCCUAUCCGGACUCACCCUCCGCCCUUCACACGUCGCCCACCGCGUCUUCGCUCCUCGUUCUUCACCCGUGCCCGUCCUCCAGUGCGCUCAAGCCAGCGAGGACGCACAGGACACCACGAUCGUCCUUCCCGAGCGCAUACGCGCUGUUUCGGGCGAGGGAACGGCCGUCGUCGUCCUUCAGAGGCUCGUCACGGGUGUAGAACACCUCGGUCGCGUGUGCAGAGUGUUCGAACACGUCUUCCAGCCCUCACGAUGGCACGCUAGCUCUUCGACGAGUCUCGAUCUUCCUGGAGUCCAUAUCCUCACGCACGCUUUCAAAGACGUACACCCGUUUGUGGUGCCUGCGUCUUGGGAGAUGGCGUUGGGCUCUGUGUGUCCUGAUCCCACCAAAAGCCUAGAUAUCGCCAGCGAGACCCCUGUGGUGUGUAUCGUCAAAGGCCCAAAAAAAUCUGGGAAAAGCACGUUUGCUAGGACGCUGCUCAACCGUCUACUAUCAACCUUUCAAAAGGUGGCAUUCCUCGAAUGCGAUCUCGGUCAGUCAGAGUUCACGCCAGGUGGAAUGGUGGCUCUUAAUAUCAUUGAACAGCCUGUCUUCGGACCACCCUUCACCCAUCCCACUCUCCCCCACCUCGCGCACUACAUCGGCUCAACCUCUCCACGCUCCUCCCCCUCCCACUACCUCUCCGCCAUCCGAUCCCUCCUCGACGCCUACCGCCUCGACGUCCAGUAUCCCCUGCUUGACGCAGAAGAGCACGACGAACGCGAGGAGGAUAGGCGGAUCGCGGACGUGAUACCCCUUGUUGUGAAUACGAUGGGCUGGACGAAGGGGCUGGGAGCGGAUUUGAAUGUGAAGAUUGAGGAAAUGGUGGAAGCGACGGACGUGUUUGAGAUUGAGGAUGGUGCGUGGCAGACGGUGGAUGCCGUCCCGCCGGUGUCACAGCGGGGGGCGGGUGCGGAGGCGAGGUACCAUGCAUUGGAGUCCAUGUCCUCGUCUCCGUCCGCAUCCGCAUCUGCCCAGUUCAACGCGAUCGACCAGCGCAACAUGUCGAUCCUCUCCUACUUCCACGCCGUGUUCCCUCUCCCGCGGCCCCUGCGCGAGGUGUCGGCGACGUCGUGGAACACGUCUCUCCCGCUCUGCGCGCAAUACCCGUACGAGGUCGAUUGGAGCGUCGCGUUCGAUCGUGUCGCCUUGGUCGGUGCGGGGAGCGAGGAUGUGGUGAAUGGGGAGGUGGAGCGUGUGGUGAAUGGCGCUGUGGUGGGGUUGGUGAGUUGGGAAGGGGAGGGCGAGGGUGGUCUCGCUCAUACGACGUCGUUCCCGAAUCGGACGAUGCCAUACGUCCAGGGCAGCCCCCCACCCUUGCCGACCACAUCGACAUGCCACGGCCUAGCGCUCAUCCGGGGCGUCUCGCCCUCCUCACCGCACCUGCACGUCCUCACGCCCCUCGACCCGAGCGUGCUGGGGCGGUGUCGGGUGGUGGUGAAGGGGGAGAUGGAGGUGCCUGUUUGGGGCAUGUUGGAUUUUAGAAGCGAGGGUGGGGAGGGGGGGGUGGCGGGGUAUGAGAGGGGCAAGGUGCCGUACUUGCAGUGGGGCAAGGGAGAGGGUGUUGGGGCGGAGAGGAGGCGGGUGAGGAGGAAUUUGAUGCGCAAGGGACAGAUGUGA